CUUUCCCACAAAUUCUGAUUAUUUUAGUCCUUAUUAAUUAAGUUUUUUUUUUGUGUCAAAUAAUAUAAUAUAUUCCCAUAACCUCUGCAUCUUCCAACAGCGUGUGUUUUGUCAUGUAAUGCACUUCUUCACGAGGAGUUGACAGUAUUUUUAUGCCCUUUUAUUGGCCUUUUGAUUUGCAUCUUUUCAAACAUUGCCGCUUGUUCUCUUUUAUUAUAAUUCUUAAAAGUGAAUCAUCACCACCUAAGAUUGUAAGCUAUUGAGAGCUCUAACAGCCUCUUUCUUUUCUUUUGUGCAAAUGGGUCAUUUUCUUUUUGUAACGUUUAACAUUUCCUGGUUUCUCUCGCGUUCUCACUCUCCCUAGUCUCUACCACCACUUUCUAGUUUUCUAGCAAGCAGAGCAAAAACAAACUAAUGGGUAGAGCUACAAGAUGGCUAAAGGGCCUGUUUGGGAUAAAGAACUACGGCAAUAAGGACAAUUGUGACCGGAGAGACAAUAAGCGGUGUAGCUCGGCGAGGGACUCAACCGGGUUUUGUCACAAUCCAGCUACUAUACCACCCAAUAUUUCUCCAGCUGAGGCUGCUUGGCUAAGGUCAUACUACAAUGACACUGAGAAGGAACAGAACAAGCACGCCAUAGCAGUUGCAGCGGCCACAGCCGCGGCAGCUGAUGCCGCUGUUGCCGCAGCCCAGGCGGCGGUGGCGGUAGUCAGGCUAACUAGCCAUGGCAGAGGUACCAUGUUUGGUGGUGGACGGGAAAGGUGGGCUGCUGUCAGGAUUCAAACCAUUUUCAGGGGCUAUUUGGCCAGAAAGGCACUGCGAGCAUUAAAAGGAUUGGUGAAGUUGCAAGCCCACGUUAGAGGAUACAUCGUAAGAAAACAAGCAACUGCAACGCUCCACAGUAUGCAGGCUCUAAUUAGAGCACAAGCCACCGUCCGUUCCUACAGAGCCAGAAAUCUCACAAAAACUGAUAACCGAUUCGAAAUUCGAGCUCGAAAAUCCAUGGAGAGAUAUGAUGAAACAAGGAGUGAACACACAGCUUCAAUCCACAGUAGAAGGCUUUCAACAUUACUAGACGCCACGUUAAUGAAUCCCAUUGACGAAACUCCAAAGAUAGUGGAGGUUGAUACAGGGGGUUGCAGGCCAAAAUCAAGAUCUCGCAGAUCUAACACCUCAGUUUCAGAUUUCAGCGAUGACCCAUUUUACCAAACCCUCUCCUCUCCUCUCCCAUCAAGAAUUCCACCCCGUUUAUCGAUGCUCGAUACCCGGAAUUUUCAAGAUUCAGACUGGGGCUUAACUGGUGAUGAAUGUAGGUUCUCCACUGCACAAAGCACUCCUCGGUUCCUCAGUUCCGGAGGGUCUAAUGCUCCAGUGACACCUGCUAAGAGCGUAUGUGCAGAUAACUUCUUUAGGCAGUAUGGUAAUUGCCCUAAUUAUAUGGCUAAUACACAAUCUUUCAAAGCUAAAGUGAGGUCACAUAGUGCUCCAAAGCAGAGGCCUGAACCUGGGCCAAAGAAAAGGCUGUCACUUAAUGAGUUGAUGGCAUCAAGAAAUAGUAUAAGUGGGGUUAGAAUGCAGAGGUCCUGCUCACAAGUUCCUGAAGCUGUAAAUUUCAAGAAUGCAGUGUUGGGUAAGCUUGAUAGAUGCACAGACUUUGCAAAAGAACCAGAGAGAAAUAACUUGCAGAGAAGGUGUGAGAGCUAAUUAUAGUAUAGCUACCAUUAAAUUCCUUGAGAUGUAGGUAUUUGUUUUUUGGUGAUUAAGUGAUAGAAUAGAAGAAAUUUGAAAUUGUGCGGUAGAACUAUUGCUAGAAUUCACAUUGCAUGUAAUUCAAGAAUCAAGAUUGCUGUUCUACUGAUGGAAUAUCAACCCUUCAUCAAUGGAAAAUUCCAAAUGUAGAAUUAGAGAAUCUUAUAUAAUUGAACAUAAUUUCUGACGCA